GCUGUGUAUAGCUGCCCAUCUGUUGGCAUGCGUGUCCUGUAGCAGCAGGCAGCUGCAAUCGUUUGCAGACGACUAGAUGAGUGCACAAAGUCAAGCGACAACUCUCAGCAGCAGGGGGAGACGAUAUCAUAUCAUUCAUUCAACAACAGCUGGAAGGCGCGCACUUCUCCUACAUAUGCCCCAAUGUUAUUAGUAGUAAUUAUAAUGUUUACUCCAUAUUUAAUUGUUCAACUCUAAUAUGGGAAGCUGUUGUAGUGAAGCGGCAGAAGUAAUGGAUGCUGUUAAUAGUGCAGGACUACCUGUUGAUGCAUCACCACUGCUGACACUUCCGCAAACGUAAAUUGGCCUGAUUCAGCCAAUAAGCGCAGCUGGUCACUCAGACCCGAUUCAUGCCUGCUGCUGCUGCCAUUUAUACAAAGCUGCUGCCAACAACAAGGUUUGUUUCACAUUCCAAUUUCGGAUCCUGUUGCUAUUAGCGGUCCUGUAGAACAAUGGCGACAGGAGAUAAAGUUGCAAUAUUAUCUGAAGAUGAGGAGGACCAAAAAAGGAAGUAUGUACUUGCUGAUCCUUUUAACGGCAUCUCAAAUGACCAUGACCAUAACCAUGCUGGAUCCACUGAACCCCCGCAAGCUGCUGAGACAAUGUCUACUGCUGAACAGGACAUGGACUGGCUAGAAAGACACUGUAUCAAAAUUAACAAUGAUCUUCUUAUUUCUAAAGUCUUCUACUUCUUUUUUUACGCUGCAUAUGGAUCCCUCUAUCCGCUGUUACCUGUUUACUACAAACAACUGGGUAUGAAUCCUACUCAGAGUGGGCUACUUGUAGGAAUUCGGUAUUUUAUUGAGUUCUGCAGUGCCCCUUUCUGGGGAGUAAUUGCAGAUCGCUUUAAGAAAGGCAAGAUGGUCCUCCUGUUUUCAGUUCUUUGUUGGGUUUUAUUUAAUUUGGGAAUUGGAUUUGUGAAACCAGCAGCACUGACUUGUGUGAGCAGUAAUCUCGAGCCUGUAAAUCCUACCAACUCCAGCUCACUGCCCAUUUCUGCAAUCACUGGAAUUAUUUCAAACUCCACACAAAACAAGAGGAAAAGGGAAAUAUUGGAAUACUCUGGUUUUGAUGGAAAUUACCUUCUUCUAUACCGUAGCGCUCGAGAUAUCAAUAAUGACAGUGCUAUUAAUUUUACAACACAGAGUACAACCUCUACCAUUUUAAUUACCACAACUACUUCAGUUGCAUUGCCUGAAACUAAGUCUCCCACUGCUGAUCAGUUUUCUUUAGAGUAUAACAAAGAAGAUGUAGAAACCAUUUUCCUGUUACUCUUGCUAGUGGUUAUUAUAGGAGAGUUUUUCAGUGCCCCGGCUGUCACUAUAGUGGAUACAGUGACACUACAAUAUUUGGGCAAACAUAGAGAUCGGUAUGGACUGCAGAGAAUGUGGGGGUCCCUUGGAUGGGGCUUGGCUAUGUUGUCUGUUGGUAUAGGCAUUGAUAACACCCAUAUUGAUGUGAUCAUCGAUGGCAUUGGUUGUUUGGAUCCAGAUUAUAAAAAUUACCGCAUUGCAUUUAUUGUAUUUGGUGUCCUGAUGACAGUGGCUCUAAUUGUUUCUACACAAUUCCACUUUUACUACCAUCACUUAAAACAAGAAGACGACAGAAGAGAAGACUUGGAGAGCUCAACAAUAGAACCAUGUUCUCUGACUGAAUCUUCAGUAAAUCAGAAUGAAAGUCAGCAGAGGGAAACAAAUCAAAGAUUCAGAUUUCGGGACUUGAUCAAAAUUUUUUGCACAGUGCAGUAUGGCUCCGUUCUUUUUGUGGCUUGGUUUAUGGGUUUUGGUUAUGGAUAUGUUUUCACAUUUCUUUUUUGGCACCUACAAGACCUUAAUGGGACCACAACAUUGUUUGGAAUCUGCUCCGUCUUGAGUCACGUAUCUGAACUUACUGCUUAUUUCUUCAGCCACAAGUUGAUUGAAAUAGUUGGUCAUAUAAGGGUACUUUACAUUGGGCUUGCUUGUAAUACAGCUCGUUACCUGUAUAUCUCAUACAUUGAAAAUGCCUGGACCAUUUUACCUAUGGAGGUGCUACAAGGCGUGACUCAUGCAGCAAUAUGGGCAGCUUGCAUUUCAUAUCUAAGUGCUGCUGUCCCGUCUGAACUUCGAACCUCUGCACAAGGAAUCCUCCAGGGCCUCCAUUUAGGACUUGGAAGGGGUUGUGGUGCCAUGAUAGGAGGUGUUAUGGUAAAUUUCUUCGGUGCUGCUGAAACGUUUCGAGGGAUAGGAAUGGCAUGUCUGGUUAUUCUUUUGCUCUUUGCUUUGAUACAAUGGCUAGUUGUAUCUCAAAAGCAAGAAGAUGCAUCCAUGCUGGCCGAAAGGAUUCCCGUUCCUUCCAGUCCAGUUCCAAUAGCAACUAUUGACCUGGUCCCACAGCAGAGUGAGGAUAUAAUGCCUGUUAUCCAACCCAAACUUCCUCCCAAGAAAACAAAGCACCAAGAGGAGCAAGAGGAUGUCAGUAGGCCUGCAUGGGGCAUAAGUUCCUCUCCUUGGGUUGUCCUUGUAUUUGUUUUCUAUCAAAUCAAAGAAAUGGUGGCACUUAGCAAAGACAAAAAGAUUCCUGAAAACCAGCAUCUACAGGAAGAUAACAUGAACCCUAAUUAUCGUCAAAUAAUACAAUCUCCAAAACUGGUCAGAAAUGAAGAGUCUGCUGUCCAGCCGUAUGCUACAGGUCCUGCUGAUAUUCAAGAACACGUUAAACCACCUUGCCCAGAAAGGAAUGAAAAUCCAACUGAAAUAGAUUCAAACCUUCCAUGCAGCAAUGCUCUAAUGUCUCCAACAGAAGAUACAGAGCAUUAAAAAAUAUAUAUAUAUAUAUAUAUAUAUAUAUAUAUAUAUAUAUAUAUAUAUAUAUAUUUUAUUAUAAUAUAUUGUGGGCCUUGCAGGAAAAGAUUAAAGUUAAUAUAAUGUCUCGACUGGUUACGAGAACCAUAUUUAAGUUAAUGUUUUGUGGAAAAUUAUUCCCGUUGUUGUUUAUUUGCUAAGCACCAAACAAUGAACUGAAUUUAAAUGUAGCAAUACCGGAUAAAGCAGUUGGGAAAGGACUUGUUCAUAUCUUUUUUUGUUUUAUCCUGGGUAUGUCCCGUUUUCACCUCCAUUUUUACCCAAACUACAGUUGUGAGAUUUACUGUAACUUAAUACAGUAGAACCCCAAUUUUACCUCCUCUGGAUUUUAAGCUUUCUCUGUUUUAUUUUUUUGGCAGUAGAGCUCUCGUCGACAGGUAACACUCGAGGGCUGAGCAAGUCACACUUGUAUCUUUUUGCCCAGGUGUUCUCUUUAAAGGAGAACUAACCCCCCCCCCCCGUUAAUCAAAUAUCCCCUUCCAUCCAUUGGCCCCUCUCACUGCGUUCUCCCUCCUUAGUAACUCAAUGGAAAAAUAUGUACCUUAACAUAAUUAUGCAGAGUAACGCAGCGGAGUUCUCCGGCACCCUUUUCUGUACCUUCUGGUUCCUCUCGGAAGUGAGCGCCAGCACAGAGCUUUUUCACGCAUGCGCAGUUGGGACCAUUCUGGUAUUCGUGCCUACUGCGCAUGCAUUGAAGGCUCCAAAGAUUGCAGAAGGAAAAGAAGAGUAUCCGAAGAUACAGAAGAUGGCGCCGAAGAGCUCCGCUGUGCUACUCUGCAUAAUUAUGCCAAGGUACUUGACAGGGAUACUUUUUCCACUUAGUUACUAAGGAGGGAGAAAGCAGUGAGGGGGACCAAUGGACGAAAGGGGAUGGGGAUUUUUGAUUAACGGGGGGUUUAGUUCUCCUUUAAUGAGCAUAUAUUCCUGUUUUGGGCACAGGAAUAUUACCUGCUAUUUAAAGGCAUUCUUCCAUUUAAUUUGCAAUAUGAAGCUUGAUAAAUGCAAAAAAACAAUCAGUGCUGUGUGUCUUUGUUAUGAAGGUAUACACGUAAAUGUCUGUUCUGUUUUAUUCCUGUUUUUAAAUGCAAUUUUUCUUUUUGUGAUUUUUCAUUUCUUAAUGCAUUAAAUAAGAACUAAAGCUUAACUAAAAAAGUAGGGCAGAAAUGGUGUACAUUAUGUUUUGGGCUUCUGUACCAGCCCAAGGCAACUACAACCCUUUAGCAGUUAAGAUCUGUGCCCAUGAAAAUGCCCUUGUAGCAACCCAUUUUUUUUCUGCUGAUUCACUGCACAUGCUCUGUCUUGCCAUUAGUUACCUGAGCUUAGGGGCCAAUUCUCAAUAUAUAGUUUAUAUGUUUAUAUGUUUGUAUGUAUAAAUGUCUCAAUAUGAGAAUGAUUAGAUUAUUAGUAUGUAGUAGCUCUGUGCAGUGUCAUGCCAAAAUCCAAGAUGAGGUGCUUAUGUGACAACUUUGAAGGCCUGGUUCAUUACUACUAUAGGGAACCUGAACCUUUAAGCUGAUAUGUUCAUUAUAUACAAUUUAGUAUUUCUAGCUCUAUUCAUUUUUAGUGUUUAGUUCUCCUUUAAAGUAGUUUUUUAAAACAGAUUCUUAAAAAAAAACUCCAAGACAAUAUAUUUUAUAUUGUGUUUUUAAUAAAUAUUGUGCUAUUUCUAAAGUGCAAUGCACAAAAAACAUAGAAAAGCCCUUAAAAUCCAUAUUGAGAUAAAACUCAAACUUUGGGAAAAAUCAAAUAUUGUUGCAUAAAAAGAAGUCUACAUUC